GCAGCAACAGCUACAGUCUCUCUUGCUGAAGCACGUAUCUCUUGUACUUACCUCGAUAUAACCUGUGUAUAUAACCGAUUAUUUGUACAAUAAUCAACUCCUCGUCGUCUCGUCAACGAAAAAGUGAAUAACUUCACUUUGCCAAGUGUGUACAGUAGCGGUUGCUCUUCGAUAUCUUCAUAACCCAACCGGCAGAAAUGGCUGACGUCGAAACAAAAGAAACCAAAGUCGCCGAGUCCCCAGAAAAGAAGGUGGUUGAGACCGAAAAGAAUGAUGCUGUCAAAGAGUCUCCCGUCAAAGAAGCAAAGGAAUCUAAGGAGGUGACGGAAGUCAAGGAUGGCAAGGAUAAGAAAGUCGAUAGUCCAGUAAAAGAAGCAAAGGAGACGAAGGAAACAAAAGAAGUGAAAAAAGAUGAGGAAACCGAUGAGGACUCGAAGGCUUCUGAAAACGGUAACGGAACUGCCAAGGAAGAAGAAAAACAGAAUGGCACUAGUGAGGAGGAUGAGACUGAUAAGAAAGAAGUCGAGUCCACCAAUGGUAAUUCUGAAGUUGCUAAUGACGUGUGCAGCAUAAAGAGGAAAUCAACAAGUGCCGAGACAGAAUCAAAAGACGUGAUAACACCGAAGAAAGCAAAAAUCGACCCAAAGUCAACCGAGGUAGUUGAGGCAGAAACUAAUAAUGCGACAUAAUUUUAAGACGUAAUUUUUAGAAAAAAUGACUUUCAUUAUCCAGCGCGAAAUAUUGACAAAAUGAAUGAUCUGAAAAAAAAUUCUAAUAACGAACAUAAAAAACUUGUAUCAUUUGACUUAAAUUUUGAAAAACAAACACUUUUAGUGUUUUUGAAUCGAACAUUUUACAAAUGUUUACUGGUAUUAAAAAUUUUCCAGCCUAAGUGUGUAUAAUAUUUGAAUGAUAAUUAGUAUUCAUAGUUUGGCUAACGUUUCUUACAAUAAAUUUAGAUAAAUUAUCUACAAGAGGAUAAGUGUGAAUGGUCAUAACUGCAUCUUGCAUUAAUAAUAGUUGUAAUAAUAAUGUUUACUAUUAAAACCACAACAUAAGCACCUUAUGUUUAUAUAUAAGAGAAAUAGAAAAAUGUCUUUUGUACAUCAUUUAUUGUCCAAGCCACAUUAUUAAAACAAUAAAAAGAUUUCUCGCAUUUGCGAUAAUCUGUGUAAAAAAAA